AUGGUCCGAAAGGAGUAUGAGCAUAAGGCUAAGUUGGUGAAUGGAUUACCAGUGUUAUAUUGUAAAUUUGGUAAGAAUAAACCCUGGGUUAACAUUACCUCCUCAAGGUUUAAGAUUACACUUUUUACCUUUAUCGAUUCUGACAAUGUUAAACACAAUAUUUCAGAGUGUGAAGUAACACUUAACGAGUUGGUGGUGAAAAUAGUGUUCAAAUUUGAGGUGAAUGAGAUUAUGUUUGACGACGUGGAGAGUUGGCGGUUUUGUUACUGUUUCUGGUCUGGGUAUCCGAGUUGUAUCCUGUUUGACCUUGUGAAAAACGAGUUUAAACUAGUGUUUGACCACGGAAUUGAGCGAAUUCUGGACACUAAAAUCCAAUACAUAGGCCCAGAGUCUGGCGGCGUAGUGGACAUUUCAAAGGAUUCCAAAAGCGGUUCUAAACCUGGAUUAGUCCUUACAAUUAACGUUUUUGACGAGAAACCAAGUGUUAUAACGGCUGGACCUGAGCUACUUUGGGAACGGUUACCAGGUGAACCUGUCGCUGAGAGGAUGAUCACAGAUAAGGAAACUGACGAAAUUGUCAUCUUCUGUAAGGAUAGAUACUUUGUCUGCAGAAGAGAAAAUGGUAAAAGAUCACGCGAAGAACAUAAACUCACACAAUUCCACCAUGAAAUUAUCAAUUCGUUCAUACGAACCAAACAAACCCAUAACUAA